AUGAAGCAUGGAUUUCCAAAACUACAUGGCACGGUCCUAGGUCACAUAAUAGGAGGACGAAUUCUGGAGCAAAAUCGCCAGCCGAAACUAACAGUGUCACUUGCAUGUACGGUGAAUAAUUUGAACGAGCAAAUACAAAGAUUCUGGUUGCAAAAGGAAGUGAUCAAGGAUCGGGCAUUAUCACUCGAAGAAAGGGAGUGCAAGCUACAUUACAAGCAAACAACGGUGAGAAAGCCGGACGGAAGAUACUCCGUGUCACACCCUACGAAACCGGAGAUCACGAAUCUCUCCGAUACCAAGAUGGCAGCAUUGCAGCAGUUUCUUCGGUUGGAGCAACGAUUACGAAGAGAACCUGAAAUACAGAAAUUGUACCACGACUUCAUGCAAGAAUACAUCGACUUAAAGCACAUGGAGCCGAUAAACGAGACAUCUAAUUCUGAGCCAGAGGCGGUGCAAUACUACUUGCCGCAUCACCACGUUCUUAAGCCCAGUAGUACUACUACAAAACUACGAGUGGUUUUUAAUGCCUCGUUUAAGAUAGAACCACAUCUAUCACUUAACGACGUUCUGAAGGUAGGUCCCACGAUACAAUCAGACCUAUUUACCGUAAUUCUUCGUUUCAGAACUUACAUAUACGCACUGACGGCCGACAUCAUUAAGAUGUACAGGCAGAUAGAAAUACACAAGGAUCAAAGAUGUUUACAACGCAUUUGGUGGCGUCCUAAUUUUCUUGUGGAGAUUCUCAGUUAUCAGCUUAACACUGUGACAUACGGAGAGGCCAACGCUCAAUUUUUAGCAACCCAGACGGUACAACAAUUAGCCGAAGAUGAAAUGAAGGAUUUCCCUGAGGCCGCUCGCACAGUGAUUGAAGAUUCUUACGUUGACGACGUCACAACGGGAGCGUCGACGAUUCAGCGACUUAAGGAUUUGCAGCAACAAUUACAAUCUCUCAUGCGGCGAGGCGGAUUCGAACUACACAAGUGGGCAUCCAAUUGCAACGAGGUGUCUACGAACCUUGCAAGCAGCGUUGCUUUUCCCAAGGUUGAUCAAACUCGCACACUAGGACUGAUCUGGUAA